AGAACGCCACUGCCACUGCUAAAUUUUUGAAAUCCAUUUUAUUAACCUAUAAAAUAAACACACUUGUUUUAACAACUAGCAACAAAAUGCAGGGAUCUAGCGAGGGGCAAUUGCAAAUUAGACUAAUAACAAAACAACAAAUACAUGCAGUCCCAGACGUGCCCCUUUCGGUCCCACAAGCCAUAGAUACGAAAUCUUUAAACGAAUUAGUAAAUCAGUUGUUAAGAGAAAGUAAUCCAGAUCAAUUAAAAUCCGUAGAAUUUGAUUUUCUAGCUAUUGGAGAACUUCUGAGGGUUCCUCUAAUUGAACAUUUACAAGAACGCAAUGUAUCAACAGAAACUACAGUAGAAGUAGAGUAUAUAGAAAGAACCCCGGCACCGGAACCUAAAGAUUCUUUAUUACAUGACGAUUGGGUUUGUGGAAUAGAAUCAUCAGAUAAAUGGAUUUUAACAGGGUGCUAUGAUAACUCUGUAAAUAUCUGGACGACACAUGGAAAAAUAGUAACAUCUCUAAAAGAACACAAAAAUAUUGUAAAAGCAGUCUCUUGGAUAGACAAAACAGAUGCUGGCAAAGGUUUUAUAAGUGUGUCGCAUGACUUAACAGGAAUUAUUUGGACAUAUGAAGCUGGUACUGACAGUGUAACACCAAAAGCAAUUCUUAGAGGCCAUGAAAGAGGAAUAGAUACUGUAGGAAUAAGCCCCAAUUCCUCAAGAAUAGCCACAGGAGGAUGGGACACCAACCUAAAACUAUGGUCUACAUCUUUGGAAGAUGAUGGAAGUGAGCAUAUUCAUAAAAAGAGUCGUUCUAGUAAUACUGUGCUUACAAAAACGCCUCUGAAUACUUUAAAAGGUCACAAGGAAGGUAUAUCUGCGGUGAACUGGAUAGAUAAUUAUGUUGUGUCCACCGUUUCUAUGGAUCAUACCAUUAAAUUUUGGGAUGCAGAGCUUUGCGGCAUCAAAAAUGAAAUCAUAGGCCAAAAAGCCUACCUCAGCUCCUCAUGGUCACCUCUGAACAACACCCUUUUAGCUUCAUCAGCUGACAGGCACAUAAGGUUAUACGACCCUAGAUCUACGGAGGGCUCUUUAUGUAAAACAACAUUCACCUCACAUACACUAUGGGUCAGUUCAGUAACUUGGUCAAAUUAUGAUUCAAACCUCUUUCUAUCUGGUGGUUACGAUUCUGCCGUCAAAAUGUGGGACACCAGAAGCCCCAAGGCUCCUCUAUACAAUUUACAAGGACACCAAGGACAGGUGUUGAAAGUGGAUUGGUCGAAUAGGAAGUAUAUGGUAUCUGGUGGAAGUGAUAACAGUGUACAUAUAUUCAAGAAUAAGCAUGUUUAAUAAACACUAAUAUAAAACAAA